AUGAAAGAUAAAUCAUAGAUUAAGUUCUUUUGUGGUAAAUGUUUAGUUGAUAAAUUGAAUAAUAAUAAAGUCACAACAACUAUUGAGUAAUCAAAAGAAAGUAUAUCAUAAAUGAAGACUUAAUAAUAAGAAAUAAGGACCAAAGAAAAUUAAGCAAGGCUAAACUAUUAUAAGAUUAUUUUAGAUUAAAUAAUGGAUUUUAAAAGAUCGAUGGAUGAUUCUCUAGAAGAGUUGUAUAAGUAAUUAUAAUAAUAUAUAUUUCCUAUCUAAAAGGAAAACUAAGAAAUUUAAUAUAGUUUCAACUAUUUUGAAGAUAUAAAAUGA